AUGAAUGACACUGGCGCUCAUCCAGGUGUGAGGAAUCUCCUUGCCCGGUUUGAGAACAGCCAGAGCAACACCACCUCGCCACCUGACCGCGGUCGGUCUCCUGUCGAUUCGGAGAAUUCGGGCUCGGCCAGACCACUCUCUAAAGUGCGUGCCAGCUUCGUCGCCGUCGACGGUUCGCAGUCUCCGGUUGCUGGUCUGCGGAAGACUAGUGGUCGCAGUGAUAGCCCCGCCGCUCCGCUCAGGGUCAGAAGCUUCAAUUCCGACGACGUGCCCAGCCUGAAAAGUCCGCUGUCGGCCUCCCCCACCGGCAGCGGCUUUCCAAUGGAACAAAAUGCGAUGGAGAAUGGAAAUGAAUCCAAGGAUGCCGGCUCUCAGGAACCGUCUGACUUCCCGGCCGUUGUGGUUGAAGAAGGCUUGAAGUCUCCGGUGAAGGAAGCUGUGUCAUCACACAACAAGGAAAACCAGCCCGUUUCAGAACCUGCUGCCCCUGCAUCCCUCGCUGCCUCUCCCUCAAAGACAACCAAAACCGUUACCAAACGACCCUCGGCAAUUCAGGUGGGAAAGGCCGCCUCCACCAACAAACCGGCCCCUAAGCCGACCCCUGCCACCGGCCCGAGAUCUUCGGCUCAACCGCGUACUCCGACCUCGCCAGCAAAGACUGCAAACGAGAAAACCAGGACAGCCCGCUCCCCGAAGCCUCCUGCUGCUGCAACUAAUCAAGCUCUCACGCACAAAUCAAGCCGGGCAUCCUUGAACCCUGCGACGACUAGGGCUACUACCACCACCCGACCUGUCCGUGCUUCGAUGCCCGCGCGCGAGGCCACCAAAGCCGGCGUUUCUGAUGCGUCCCGUACCACCAAGCCCCGAUCCAGAUCACCGGCCAAGUCCACCCGCCUGUCGCCCUCUGCCACGGCCCCAAGCUUGUCGUCUGUCGCGAAUAAACCAGGAACCACGGGAACGGCUACUUCUCGACUUUCUCGCAAGCCAUCGACCCUGAAAAGUGCCAAAUCCGGAACCCAGCAACGCGCAAUUACCCCCACUGCUUCAAGCGUGCGCAAAUCCUCCCGCCCCUCCCCUCCAUCUGGAGGCGAGCGGCCCCCGUCCCGAGUGAGCAAUGGCAGCUCUAAGCCUGUCGACGAGGGAUUCUUGGCUCGGAUGAUGCGUCCUACUGCCAGCUCUGCCAGUAAGACCCACGAGAAGGUCGACGUGAAGAGUCCUCCCCGGACCUCUAAGCCGACUCGUGCACCGGUGAAGAAGGUUGCUUCCAAGGCUGAGAUCCGAGCGCCCCGUGCGGCAAAAACUGUUGAGAAACCUCAGCCGACCCCCGUUGAGAAAGCGAACGAUGCCCUCCAGAAGAAAAUCUCCACGGAGUCGGUCAUCAAGGAAGAGACAACCGAGGUUGUUUCCGCCGAGCCUCAGGCCGAGCCUCCCAAGCCUGUUGAGCCUACUGUGGACUCUCAGGAAAAGCCUGCCGAAGCUCCCGUGGAACCUUCUACCGAAUCCACUGCUGAGGAGCAGCCUGCUGAGGCCCCUGCCGAGACUCCUGCUGAGCCGUCGGUUGUUGCUGCCGACCCCGUCGAGCCCGCUGUGGAGGCCUCCACCGAGAAGCACGUUGAGCAGCCUACGGAGCCUUUGGUGGAACAGACCACUGAUGUUGCUCAGUCGGCCAUCGAAGAGAAUGUUGCCUCCCCCGCCGAGACCACCGAAGUUUCUGUUCCUGUGGACCUGGAAGAGAACAACUCGCAAGCCGAGUCCAAAGAGGCUGUCGAGCCAGCAGUUCCCGAACAUACUGAGACUGACAAGUCCACCAGCGACAUUGUCGAGUCUGCUCAUGAAUCGAAGGACACUGACGAGAUUGAUAUCGCCAAGUUGUCCCUGACCUAG